AUGGCUUGCUGUGCAUUGCAAACUGUGGCUCUUCUACUUGGGAGCAUUGGCAUGGUUGGAACAUUUACUGUCACUCUGAUGCCUCAGUGGAAAGUAUCUGCUUUCACAGAAAAUAACAUUAUAGUCUUUGAAACUAUUUGGGAGGGCCUAUGGAUGGUGUGCGUCAGUCAUAUCAAGAAGUAUCAGUGCAAAUUCUAUGAGUCGUUGUUGGCCCUUCCACCUGCCUUAGAAGCAUCCAGAGGGCUAAUGUGCACAGCAUGUGUCCUGUCAGUUAUUGCCUUUCUCAUUGCCAUUGCUGGCAUGAAGUGCAUCCAAUGUCCUGGCAAUAAUGAUCAAAUAAAAAGCAAGAUUCUGUUGGCAGCUGGAGUAAUUUUUCUUCUGACUGGUGUUAUCGUGCUGAUUCCUGUUUCCUUGACUGCCAACAAAAUCAUCAAGGACUUCUACAAUCCACUUAUCCAGGCUGCGCGGAAACGUGAAUUGGGAGCUGCCCUCUAUUUAGGUUGGAUCACCUCAGCAUUUCUAAUCAGUGGAGGCGCCAUAUUUUGCAGCUUCUGUGGCUCUGCAGAGAAGCCUGGAAGAUACAGGGAUUCAUCGCUUUCCAGCCACAGACUGAACAAACCUGAACAUAUCAGAAGAAAGCCCCUGACUGUGGAUUCUUACGUCUGA